AAAAAAGAACUAUUAAUAAUAUCAUAAUAUAAAUGGGACAAGUAAGCGGCCAAAUUUGACCUCAUCAGAAUCAGAGAAUUAGAGAAAGGUUCAUCGACGCUGGCUGCUAAUUGCUGUUUUUCAAAGUCGAGUGGCCAAAAAUUCGAGGAAGUAACAAUGGCCCUGCAAUCACCGAAACUAACCAGGAUAGGCCUGGCUGGUCUUGCUGUCAUGGGACAAAACCUAGCCCUCAACAUUGCUGAGAAAGGCUUCCCCAUUUCAGUUUACAAUCGAACUACAUCCAAGGUUGAUGAGACGGUUGAGAGAGCAAAGGUUGAAGGAAAUCUUCCAGUGUUUGGUUUCCAUGAUCCUGAGUCAUUUGUCCUCUCAAUCCAAAAGCCUAGGGUGAUCAUCAUGCUCGUCAAGGCUGGGGCACCUGUUGAUCAGACAAUCAAAACGCUGUCUGCUUACAUGGAGAAAGGUGAUUGCAUCAUUGAUGGUGGAAACGAGUGGUACGAGAACACUGAAAGAAGGGAGACAGCAAUGGCGGAGUUAGGUCUCCAGUACCUUGGCAUGGGAGUUUCUGGCGGCGAAGAAGGUGCUCGAAAUGGACCUUCUCUGAUGCCCGGAGGGUCCUUUGAAGCCUACAAAUAUAUAGAGGACAUCCUUCUUAAAGUAGCAGCUCAAGUUCCUGACAGUGGUCCCUGUGUGACAUAUAUUGGGAAAGGAGGAUCAGGAAAUUUCGUUAAGAUGGUUCACAAUGGAAUCGAAUACGGAGACAUGCAGCUUAUUGCUGAGGCCUACGACGUGCUGAAAUCCGUAGGAAAACUCACAAAUGAGGAGCUAAAAAAUGUCUUCUCGGAGUGGAACAAAGGCGAACUUCUCAGCUUCUUGAUUGAAAUCACCGCUGAUAUUUUCGGAAUCAAGGAUGAUAAGGGAGAUGGCUAUCUUGUCGACAAGGUCUUGGACAAAACCGGGAUGAAAGGUACCGGUAAGUGGACUGUCCAGCAAGCAGCAGAACUUUCAGUUGCAGCUCCUACAAUCGAAGCUUCUCUAGACUCUCGAUUCCUCAGCGGUUUGAAAGAAGAAAGGACUGAGGCUGCAAAAGUGUUCAAAUCUGAUGGCUUCAGCGACAUUCUAACCGAACAAGAAAUUGAUAAGAAGAAACUGAUCGACGAUGUCAGGCAGGCACUUUAUGCCGCGAAGAUAUGCAGCUAUGCUCAGGGGAUGAAUCUGAUUCGCGCAAAGAGCAUCGAGAAGGGAUGGGACCUGAAGCUUGGGGAGCUGGCCAGGAUCUGGAAAGGAGGCUGCAUCAUUCGUGCCAUUUUCUUGGAUCGCAUCAAGAAGGCGUAUGACAGAAACGCGGAUCUUGCUAACCUCCUGGUCGACCCAGAGUUUGCGAAGGAAAUCAUCGACAGACAAUCUGCUUGGAGAAGAGUCGUGUGCCUUGCAAUCAACUCGGGCAUCAGCACCCCAGGUAUGUCUGCUAGUCUUGCUUAUUUCGACACUUACAGAAGGGAGAGGCUGCCGGCGAACUUGAUCCAAGCUCAACGAGACUACUUUGGCGCCCACACUUACGAAAGAGUUGAUGUGCCGGGAUCUUUCCAUACCGAGUGGUUUAAGAUGGCUAAAAAGAAAGACAACUGAGCUCGAUCAUCCGGCUGCGAAUCUUCCUGAAUAAAGGCUGGCUCCAACGUCGCCCUACCGACACCACAAACUGUGAGAAGUUUCAUGUCUUGUUUCUUCAAUCAAUUGACUUUAAAAACUAAGACACCCUUUUUCUGCUUUCCUAAUUAUACAAUCCAUCUUUAUACUUCA